UUUCCACAAUAUUCUUUAUUCUCUAUUUAUUGAGAUGCACUUGUACUAGCUGUAUUGAAGGGCUCACAUUGCCAUAUUAUAGCUGCUUUUAUUUUUGUAUUUUCUGAAUUUGUGAAUCAUUAUACAUAUUCCAGAGUAAUAUUUGUGAGUAUGUGCACGUUUGCACAUGGUCUCAACCUUGAGCGUGUAGACCUUGGAAUGUAAAGUGUCUGUGUGCAUGUGCAUGUGUGUGUAUGUGUAUACUGUUUUUCUGUACUUGUGUGGACUCCCAUAAUGCACGCAUUCUCCAAGUGACCAAAACUUUGGUCCACCAAAAUAAAUUCCCACCAAUAGCUUCUAAACAUAAUUUAAGAUGCCCUUUGAAGUUUUGUAGAAAUUUCCUGAAAGGGGGGGAUUAUUUAAAAAAAAAAAAAAAAAGUGAGCAAUAUGAGUGAAUUGCCGAACCAAUUAUAGGUUAACUGUUUUGUUUUGUGUUUGUCACUAUUUGUCCACUCUCUCGCACCGUCCCAUGGUCAACCAUGGUUUUCACCCUGCUCAGAUAUAAAUUUGUGGCAGUAUAUUUGUCAAUGCUUUAAAAACGUUUUUUACAGAACUCACGUGUUCUUGUUUUUUCUCAACGUCUAAAUAUCAACAUUUAGCAACACAGAAUUUAGAAAAAAAAAACAAAAAAAACAUUCCAGUCCAAGUAGAUGUAUAUCCCACUGGGUCGUCACGGGGCUUUUUCACACCGUAACAACGAGGCGCUCUAAAGCGACCAUGCCAGCGGACUAGCCAGUGAAGUUACAUUUUUCGGAAAAAUCAGGAAAACUGAAAAGGUGAAAAACUGCUUAACAGUAUAGCUCCACAAAUUAGUACUACAUAGUUCUCAGUUUUUGCACGUUUCGGCAAUCAUCUUCAAACAUGUAUAAUGUAUUAAGAAACAAGCCUAACCAUGAAAAGUCAAUCUUCCAAACAAAACAAUAAUUCUAUAUUGGAGAAAUCAUGUAACCACAGAAUAUUAUCAUUCUAUAAAUGAUUAAAUAUAUGCAUGUGUGUGUGUGUUCGAGACCCUGUGUGAUGUUUUAUUCCUACACUAGAACUGCGCCCAAGAAAUGUUGCAAACUCUGAAAUUGGCUAAAUGAAAACACACCCAGGAAGGAUUCAUCACAGAUUGCAGCAGUAUAAGUACAAAGAAAAAAAAAAAAGAGGAAGGAUGUGUUUUGAGUGUUUCCCUAGUGUGUACGAAAGCAGCAGUCACAUUACAUCUCCACACUCUCUGUCUGGGGGAGCCAAAAGGCUGGUUGGGGGGCUUUCAGGAAGCUCAUUUGAUGAUGUUUAAGAGGUGUUCAGGAUCAAGUGCAGGGAAAGUGACACACCAUCGGGAGGAUCACCGAGCGGGGCUAAAUGACCAGAGACUCACAUUUGAAGAUGGACUUGAGUUUGCUUCAAGCUCUGGAGAGGGAGAGGAUCUUGCAAGUACUUCUGAGAGACAAAGUGUUGCGUACAAUGGAAGAAGACAGGAUCAGUAGAAUGAAAUUCCAGCUCCAGGAGCUUCGAAGAAGAGGCGCCAAGAGUUACUCCAGGGAGUACGGCGAGCGGACCUGCGCUCGUUGCCAGAUGCCGCUGGGAAGGUUCUGCAACACGGGCGCGGUCUGCCGUGGAUGCAGCCACCGAAUCUGCAGCAAGUGCCGCGUGUGCGUGGGAGAGGCGGCGUGGAAGUGCACAGUCUGCUACGCCUACAGGGAAGUAAAGAUCCGGUCUGGAGACUGGUUUUUAGAGGAAAAGACGAAGAAAUUUCCUGCUAUAGCAGACAAAUAUGAGACAGUUGGUGAAAAACUGUUGAAGACCUACAAUAUGUGGAGUCACAUAGCAAUUGUGCCACCCACUCCACCAGCCCACUCGGGAUUUGACUUUCUGAGCAGAUCAGGGGAUUCAAAAAAGUCCAGCAUGUUAUCCAAAGCAGUGGAAGAUCUUCUGUGUUCAUUCAACAGUGAUGUUAAAAAAAUGUCCUCAUCUCAGAACGACGUGAGAACAGACCUGCUGAACGUCGACCGCGGCAAACAUUUGCAUAACAGCGCACAGAAGAGCCUCUCUGACACCGACGUCAGCAAAUCUGGCAAACACUACCAAGACCUAAGCCUUCCCAACCUGUUCAAGAGAAGCAAGGACAGCGACCAGGAAGGCUGCUCCACGGGCGCAGAAGAAGAGACCUCCAAUAGUUCGGAAAACUCUGAUGGCAAGCGAGGUAGUUACAGCAGCAUCAGCACGGAGUGCAGCCUGCUUGAGGGCGUCAGUGCGAGCGGAGACGUGGAGCUGGCGCUGGCCUACAACACCGACUCUUCCUGUUUGGAGAUCACAGUGGGAGCGUGUCGAAACCUUCCCCACAGUGACGCCCGGAAGAAGAGGUGUCACCCGUACGUCAAACUCUACAUGAUGCCGCCCAAGAGCAACAAACGGAAGACUGCAGUCAAGAGAAACACCACCAGUCCUGUUUUUAAUGAACUUUUUCAAUAUCACAUAGAGCGUCACCUGCUGACUGGAAAGCGACUGCAGGCGUCUGUGUGGCAUUCAGGAUCCUUGCACAGGAAAGUUUUUCUGGGCGAGGUCCUCAUCCCACUGGAUGGCUUACAAUUUGACGACAAACACUUCCAGCGCUUCAACUGGUACCCGCUCUGUCUGCAGGCUCCAGCACGCCCGCGACCCUAGUGAGGAGAAGCGGCUCAGAAAAUGGAUGGAUGGAUUAUCUUUUCAGCCAUCAAAACUGUAUCCAAAACUGUUGUCAAUGAAGGUUUUGUUUGCAAUUAACAUUGUGUGCAAAUUGUGAUGAUUUAUUAUUAUAAAAUAUAACUGUUUUAUGUUAACAUUAUAUAAAUGUAUUUACUCUAUAAGUUAUGUUUUAUAUGAGAUGACUGUUUUAAUCACAUUGUCCUGUAUUUGUAUGUUCUUGUUUUUGCCGGAAGAAGGGUUAAGUCAUAUUUUUGAUUAUUUAUGUAUUUAUUUUUAAAAAAUGGACAAUUAUAUUUUCAUUCCAUAUGACAAUUUUCAAUCUCACUUUGUCUCUUCUGGUUCCAUGAGUUUACAUUUGGACAAUAAAUGGUCAUAUGUUC